AAUGACCAAAACCAAGUGUUUUUAGAGUCAAUUUGGUCUCAAAAGCUCAUCAUUAUUAGCUUUCUAAUAGUUCUUUGUGAGGUUUUUCUGACGUUCAGCAAACAAAUUGUGUUUCAUCCUUUACAUUUCAUCAUUGGUUUUUCACAGUUAUAUGUUUCACUGAAUCAAAUCCAGCAAAACAGGCCCAUACCAUUGUGCACCUGCCACUGUGCUUCACAAUAAGACUUUAAAAUUCCUCAAAAGCACCUGUUCUUUCUUCAGUUUCUGAAUGAUUUAUCUACUUUAUGACCUGUUAUCUUAUCUUACUUUUACAUCAAGAAUAAUUUAGCAAAAACUAACUUUUUUAAACCUGCUUAUGAAAUACUUCCUUUAAAUUGAGAUAAAGAUUUCAUUAAGAAAAAAACGAUAAUCUGUAAAGAAAAAUAGAAUAUCUUUAAAUUAGAUUGACAGAGAUAAAUGUUCUCAGGAAAUUAUUAAGAGUAAAUUUUUAUUGGUUGUAUUUUAGGGGGUAAAAGUGAUGUUUAAAGAUCUUUUUAUCUUUAUAAGACUUUUUUUUUAUCCUGGACUCGUCAACAUGUUUGCUUAACAUGCAAAUCAGGAAGGAUGCACUCCUACAACAGGAACAAGUAAAAGACAAAGUAUUUUGUUUACUUGUCAUUAAAACAAACUAAUCAUUAAUUAAUUAAUUUUAAGAUCCAACAACAUCCAUGGCAACAUCCCUGUUCUGUGUUGAGGAAACAAGACUUUGAUCACACCUUCUGUGUGUCAUGUUUCCAGACUUGGAUCUAUCUAAUCAUUUAUUCACAACCCUCCGUCAACAAGUGAUGGAGUCCUCCUGCAGCUGCUCAUAGGUUCGUGGAAAGCAUCCCAAGGGGAGUGGAGAGGCCACACCCACUGACAGAAUAAGGAGGUAAACAACACAAUGGUGCUCAGUAUCACCGACAACUCGCCAAUGAUCUCCACAACGUCCAGCACAGUGGAGAUGGUCACGCAAGAAAAACUACAGAGAAAUGAAGACAAUGUGGAAGACAAAAACUCAGGAGCAUUGGGGUGCUUUGGAUGGCUGCUGGUGAUCGUAUCCCUCAUCUUUGUGGUCGCGACCUUCCCGCUCACAGGGUUUAUGUGUGUCAAGAUAGUGAAGGAGUAUGAGCGAGCGGUCAUCUUCAGACUUGGCCGGAUUCCAGACAGAAAACCUAAAGGCCCAGGCCUCUUUUUUGUCCUGCCCUGCACAGACAACUUUGUAAAGGUCGACUUGAGGACUGUGUCCUUUGAUAUUCCUCCUCAAGAAAUUCUAACCAAAGAUUCAGUGACUGUGUCUGUGGACGGUGUGGUCUACUUCCGCAUACACUGUCCCAUCUCCUCGGUGGCCAACGUUUCCAACGCACACUCAUCUACACGUCUGCUCGCUCAGACCACUCUGAGGAACGUCCUCGGGACCAAAAACCUGUCCGAGCUUCUCUCUGACAGGGAGGGCAUUUCUCUCAGUAUGCAGGAAGCCCUGGAUGAUGCCACGGAUCCAUGGGGGAUUAAGGUGGAGCGCGUGGAGAUCAAAGACGUGAAGCUGCCUCAGCAGCUGCAAAGAGCAAUGGCAGCAGAAGCAGAGGCCAGUCGGGAGGCCAGAGCGAAGAUCAUUGCUGCUGAGGGAGAGAUGAAAGCCUCUCGAGCUCUGAAGGAAGCCUCUCUGGUGAUCGCUGAAGCUCCAUCUGCUCUCCAGCUGCGAUACCUGCAGACUCUGAACACCAUCGCAGCAGAGAAGAACUCCACCAUCAUCUUCCCGCUGCCCAUAGACAUGCUGCAGAGUUUCAUGAGAAAGUAACGACGGUCACAGCCAGCAGCUAAAGCGAUGUGCAUCUUCAUAAUGUGACUUUACAUGUAAAUAAUGAGGUCAGUGACAUAUCAGCUCAGAACUAAACUCCGCAUAAAGCCAGAAAUGAGCAUAUUUAUACAUUAUAAUCACCUUAGUAUUGUAGCAACACCUUAUUUCACUUAUGAAGAGAUUAUAUAAAGUAACAACAUUCUGAACUGCUCACAACAAAUAAAAGCAUUAGAAUUAAAACUUUGUUCAGAAGAGUUUUUAACUGGUCGAGGAAAAAGGAAAAAUGUUGGAUUGUUUCAAAUUGAAAAAAAAAAAUGAGUGGAGAUGAGUUUGACUCGAGAGUUUUUAACCCUGAAAAGAUGCAGAAGAUGUUUGGAGAGAAGAAGGUCAGACAAUCAACCCUGUGACCACCCAGAUAUAUUAUAGUGUAAAUCUGGGGUCUGCGACACUAAAAGAGUCAUUUGGUCCGUUUACUUACUGGAGCUGCAACGUCCCACCUCAACAUUUAAGAAAAUACUUUAGUGAUAUUUUUGUGCAAAUUGACACUUUUAUAUAAAUAACAUCUUUAAAUUAUUUUACUCUUUCUUAACAGCAGAACCUCCAACUCUUUCAAAAUAAAGUGCAGCCUCUGUCAGAGAUCCUGCUGCAGUAGAUUCACUUGCAUUAAAAAUGAAACUUUUCCAUCAUUUCGAUUUUGGUGCAAAUUCAUCCUUUUUUCUUUUUUUUACUGUCAAAAAUAAAUGUUCAUGAAAACUACAGCUUUUUUUUUAAUCAGUAAAGCCUACAUGUAAACACAAUUAUUCGCUUUCAGAACUUUGUCUCUAAACAACAACAAAACAUAGCAUAGAUUAGAAUAUGUGCUAAUUUAAUGAACUUUAUAUUAAUUCAAACUGUUAGCAUAUUUAUUUAAAGCCAGAGAGCCACAAUGGAUGAAUAAACGAGCCGCCCGCAUGAAGCUCUGGAGCUGCAUGUUGCAGACCUCUGGAAAGGAUGGAGAGAUCCUGUUUUAUUUUCUAAACGUUGAAACCUUUAUUAUUUGAUACUAUUAAUACUUAUGGAUUUGAUAAAAUAUCUGACCUUGGACUGGUAAAGUAUAGAUAAUUCUAAUUAGAAUUUACAAACCUGGAUUUCAACUAUAUUUGAUGUAUAUUAAAAAAAUAAGUAAAGCAUAUUACAGGUGGGAUUAUACAAUUUUGCUUCGUCUUGAUCAUUUUCAAGCAAAUAUUUCAACUAUUUUUGACAAACUGCACAUUUAAUGGAUUCAAUGUUUCAUGUGUUGUAUGUAUAAGCACUAAGACAUGUAUUUAUGAUUAAAACUAAUUAUUACAGGAUUAUUUACAUGCAUCUUCUUUUUCUUUUUGCAAUCAAGUCAUGACCAGUCAUCCACAGUUUGACAUAUUUAUGUAUAGAUUGAGUAUUUUUUUUUGUUUCGAUUGUUUGAAUCAAACUAAUUCAAAUGUGUAUUUUUUCAUUAUUCCACAUUAAAGCACUAGAACUUGUAAGUUUGAAUAAAUGAAUGACAUAUUUUCAAUUAUAUACACUACGGUGGCCGAGACUCACCAAAAAAGUAUCAGUGCAAACAAAAAACAAAACUGGAAAUAACAAGAGACGCUGCUGCAAAUACAAAGAAAUUAUCCUGCAAAUAAAAAUAAAUUAUCCUGCAAAUAAAAAGAAAUGAUCCUGCAAAUAAAAAGAAAUUAUCCUACAAAUAAAAAUAAA